AUGGAAGGUAUAAAUGAAGCCCAACUGCAAAAUGGUAUAGGUCAAGUGGAAACUGGACAGCAAGACCAAAGUUUAGAAGCCAAGAGUCAACAAAUCAAAAAGGUGGGAGGAGGGAAUGCCCAGGAAAAGCGUGAUAUUCGUACUGUGCCUCAGCUAGCCUCUUUAUCUGAAUGUUGUUGUAUCUAUAAGGUACAUGAAAUUUUCCACAAAACUUCCAAACACGCAUACACGCCUUUGUUGGUCUCCAUUGGUUCCUUCCACCGUGGAAAAACAAGUUUACAGCCAAUGGAAGAUGUUAAGUCUGUUUAUAUGCACAAACUGCUCAGUCGAGUUGCAGGGAAAAAAUCCACCCAACUUGCUGAAUCUAACGCUAGGGAUAAUAUUACUUGGUUGACACUAUUAGAGGAGUGUGUUGAAUCUAUUACGGGGAUUGAAACUGAUGCGCGCAAGCAUUAUUCAGAAAACAUCAACCUCGAAAGCAAGGAAUUCGUUGAAAUAUUGGUGGUUGAUGGUUUAUUCAUCUUCGAGCUUCUCCUGCAAAUGUAUGCAGGUGGAAAUUCCACGGGAUUGUGUAACAAUUUCUGGGACUCGGGAAUUCUGCCAUGGGAUCUGUUACUGCUUGAAAACCAACUUCCGAUGAUUGUCCUCCAACACCUAUUUCGUCUGAUUUCAUCAGACAACAUGUUAGAGGGUAAAUUACUCACUGAAAUCUUACUUGUUAACUGGGAGAAAUUAUCAAUAUUGCCAAUAAGAAAAAAUGCUUUGCGUAUGAUGCACCUAGAGCGUACAUCUUCUAUGCAUUUACUCGAUCUAUUAGCCAAAAUGUUCCGUCCUCGAAAUUUCCAAAGAGAUGAGUUCAUCACUAUACAUAACUACAUACCAAGUGCAACAGAAUUGAGGUGCGCAGGAGUCAAGUUCAAAAAGGGUUCCACAGAGGUUAGCUUUUUAGAUGUAAAAUUCAGUGAUGAUGGGGUACUGGAAAUACCUCCAAUAAUUAUUAAUGAUAGAUCUGAUCUCUUGUUUAGAAAUCUCAUUGCUUCAGAACAAUUUUCUAGUGGCGAUGACACAAAAUACAUGACCUCCUAUGCUUUCUUCAUGGAUAGCCUCAUUAACUCUGAGCAAGAUGUUGCUUUGCUCCGUAAGAAGGGCAUCAUUACAAUUUGUUUUGGAAGUGACACAGAUGUAGCGGAUCUCUUUAAUAACCUAUGUCGCGAUAGAUGCAUUGCCAGAUCUUAUUAUUCUCAAACAAAUGAUAGAGUGAACGAAAUUUACAAGAAGCGCCCAAAUUUUUGGAAAGCGACUUUGAAGCAUGAUUAUUUCAACAAUCCAUGGUCGAUUUGUUCAUUUGUUGCAGCACUUCUACUUAUAGGGCUCACGCUUACUGCUUCUAUAUUUGCAAUACUCUCUUUUGCUAUUCACAAGUCUUGA